CACCGGGCGGCACCAGGGGACAUCGGGAGGCACAGGGAGGCACCGGGAGGCACCAGGAGACACCGGCAGGCACCGGGAGCGGCCCCGCGGCCCCGGGAGGAACCGGGAGGCACCAGGAGAGGCCCCGGUGCCGCAGCGCAGCCUUCGCCCCCGCCCCGGGCAGUGCUGAGCGGGGACAGCGGGCCCGGCCCCGCGAUGGGGCCCGGUGGCCCCAGGGGCAGGUGGCCCCUGGCCGGGACCCUGCUGGUGGCCAUGGCCACCUCGAUGGUGGCCGGGGGCGAGGACUGCCUAUGGUACGUGGACAAGAACGGCUCGUGGCACCCGAGCUUCGACUGCGAGUUCUUCACCUUCUGCUGCGGCACCUGCCACCACCGCUACUGCUGCAGGGACCCCCUGCGACUGCUCACCGAGCGCCAGCAGCGACACUGCCUCGCCUUCAGCCCCAAGACCAUCGCAGGCAUCGCCUCGGCCGUGGUGCUCUUCAUCGCCAUCGUCACCACCAUCGUGUGCUGCUUCAUGUGCUCCUGCUGCUACCUGUACCAGCGGCGCCGGGCCCCGCCCACCCCCCUGGCAGGCCCGGAGAUCCCCCUGUCCAGCUACCCCCCCGCGGCCCCCCCGGCGCCGUUCCCCGUGGACCCCAAAGCCGGCCCCGCGCCCCCCCAGCCCGGCUUCACCCCCAUGGCCAUGUACCCCCCUCCUGGGCCCGCCCAGUACCCCGUGUACCCCUCGGGGCCCCCCGUCUACAACCCCACAGCACCCCCGCCCUACGCCCCGGCACAGCCCAGUUAUCCCGGAGCCUGAGCCCCCCCGGGGACCCCCGCACCCGCCGCGGGCCGGGCUGGGGACCCCCUUCCCCCCGAGGCGCUGGGGGGGUGCCCCAGCGCGGGGGGACGUGG